UCCAGGUAGACAGAGAGCAAAUAAGGUGUAUGGCACGUCGGCGAACAGUGUGUCGGGUCAAUUGCUCGCUACAGGUGGCUUUCUACGCUUGCGUCCAUCACUCUGGCAAUAUCGAUUUUUCUGUUGUUGAAUCACCACCAAAAGGGAGAUUUUCUGGCAGUUCCUCCUCUCAGUUCUUUGUGCAACUCCGUCUCUGUUCCAUCAUCCAAGCACAGCGUAUGUGUUCUUUGUCACCAAGUCAGGUCGGAUUCAGUUGAGUGACCCAUAUAAAGUGGUUUGCAGAGCGGAGAAAAGCGGAGACUGGUCGCCAGAAUACCCUUGAGUGAUGAAUAUGUGCGGGUUUUAGUGUAUAUUUUGGUGGCAUCAGAGGACAAACAGCGGCGACUAGAGCUUCUCAGGCGUGUGAAAGACGCCCAUAAAGCGAUAAAAUCAGUCUGAAAUAGAGAAAAAGGCGAGGAAUCAGCGCAAGAAUGGCUCUGGACUUUGCCACGACCUACAAAAUUCUCGUCCUCGGAGACUCCAAUGUCGGCAAAACUUGCAUCGUUCACAGAUAUUGUGAUGAGAGAUAUUACGAAACCUACAUCUCCACAAUUGGCAUAGACUUCAAGCAGAAACUCAUCAAUCUUGACGGCGUACCGGUGAAGCUGCAGAUCUGGGACACGGCGGGCCAGGAGAGAUUUCGCACCCUCACGACGGCCUACUACCGCGGUGCCAUGGGGAUUCUGCUCAUGUACGACGUGACCAACUUGGAGUCCUUCAACAAUCUGGCGUACUGGCUGAGGAACAUCCACGAGAACGCCUCUCCAGAUGUGGUGACUGUCCUUGCGGGGAACAAAUGUGAAUGCCCACCCGCACAACGCAUGGUGGAGAAGGCGCGUGGUGAAAAGAUUGCUGAGAACUUCGAUAUACCAUUCUUCGAGGUGUCCUGCAAACAGAAUGUCAAUAUUGAGGAGUCCUUCAUAUGCUUGGCCAGGAGAAUUCGCGACCAAAGAGAUCGUCGAGGUGAGAACUUUGACCAGGAGGAUAAGAAACAGGACUCCGGGUCCGCCAAUGGACUCAGCAACUCCUUCAUGCUGGGCGGCAAGAGCUCUGAGAACAGCCGCUGUGCGUGUUAAUUGCAGUCUAUAGCCAAAGAUUGAGCGCGACCCGAGAGCGGUCUAUGGAAUAGGAUAGUCAUUUGUAAUAUAGAGACUUAAAGACAGAUAUUAGGAGGAAAGGUCUUUUCACAGACAUCACCGCCAAGAUGAGGAGAGUGCAGAGAGAAUUGGGGACAAUUACAAAGGCACUUCUUGAUAAAAAAAAACAUUGUAGAAACAUACAACAGAAAAUAUUCAGCCCUUCAACUUUCAUAUCAUUUAUCAAUUGUGGGAAGAAUAAAUUGAUCUUUUCUAGCUAAAACAUAAAAAGCAAAAAGAAAAAAAAGCUUAAAGGACACAUCGAAUCGAUAAAGUGAAAUGCAUUUAUCAUGCUGUUAAAAUUCUGGGCUAAAGUAUUGACAAGAAUAAAAAUUAACCUCCGUCUCUCUGUGAAACCAUAUCCCAACACAUUCAACCCCAUCAAGACACGCAUUCUCUAAAUGUUUAGAUAGACUUUGAGUUGAGCGCACAAAUUAUGUAAUUAAAUAGUCGCGAGGAUUCUCAUAAAAAAUAUUACCAACAUUCUUGAGGACAAACUUUAAUGCUUCAUCGCUAUGAAUUUUUCCCUUUGUCUCAUUGUCGAAACCCACCGAACAUUUGCUCAAACAUUCCCUGAGUUCCUUCCUUGCCACACUUUUACGCUAUAGAGGAAGUUUGUCCUGCGCCUGAAAUUGUGCCUGCUGAAAACCCACUCUCUCUUCUCUGUAAUCACAUUUUUCCCUAAUCAUAAUCCCUGCCAUGAUUCUUGGUGGAUUUCCAUUUCCAUUGAACGUAAUCUAUAAGCUUCAAACUGAUCUUGAAAGACAUGAAGAUAAUUAAUUAUGAGGAUACAAAGACAUGUUUUUUGGGACCAGAAGCACUGAAAAUAGAUCUUUAUAAGUCAGUGAGGAAGUUCCAAGAAAGAUUCCAGAAGAAUUACACGAGAUGAAAGAAAACAUGUUAUGGAUACUGCGGUCUUUUAUACGUAGAAAGAUUUUCUUAAUUUUAUUAAGUAGAUGUUAAUGAAGAAUUGCUUAAAAUAUGAUGCCACUUGUUAACUUACGUUGAAAUAAAAAGACAAUGCAAAUGAAUGUAA